CCGACUCUGCAAACCCUAAACCCCCAAAUCGCCGAUUUCCAAUUCCACAAGAUUCAAUCUUUCUCUCCCACUCAACCCUCAUAUCUCUAUAUUCAUCUUCACAAUGAGUCUUGCCGUCGAUUCCUCGAUACCCGGCGGCGAAGAUCCGGGCGACGACUUCGCCGGGUUUCUAGACGAAGUACUGGAUUCUGAAUCCGAUGCCGACGCCGAAAGCGUUCAGAGCCCAAAACGGCGAAAACUGGAGGCGGAGAGUAAUGGGUCGUCUUUAAUUUCAAGCUCUGAAGUUUUGGAAGUAGAAAAUAAUGGUUCUUUGUGUGAACAUCUGGCUGGGUCGUAUAAAGACAUGUGCUUGGUUUGUGGGAAGAGAUUGGAUCAGGUCGAGAAUGAGAGUGAGAAAUGGGAGUUGGAGGAGUUGACGGUUAAGAGCCUUGGUGAAAUUGACCAAGGAAGACGCAACAAAAAGACGAGGGAGUUGCUCGGAGACAAGAAGCUUCAUCUGGUGCUUGAUUUGGAUCACACAUUGCUCAAUACUACUGCGGUGGCGUGCUUGACGCCGCGGGAAGAGUACUUGUUAGGGACAGAUCACAAGCUGGAAGGCGUUUUCUUGGUGCGAAAUUCGGCAAUGGAUUUGGUAACAAAGCUGAGGCCUUUUGUUGGGGAGUUUUUGGAGGAGGCGGCCGAGAUGUUUGAAAUGUCUGUUUACACAAUGGGGGACCGGCCUUACGCGCAGCAGAUGGUUAAGCUGUUGGAUCCGCGGGGAGUGUUUUUUGGUGAUAGAGUUGUGUCGAGAGAUGACAGCACCAAGAAAUUCGAGAAGAAUUUGGAUCUUGUGUGUGCUAAGGAGAGCGCGGUUUUGGUGCUUGAUGAUACACAAGGAGUGUGGACAGAGGGGAAUCAGAAGAAUGUGAUACUAAUGCAGAGGUAUCUGUUUUUUAGGAGCAGUUACGACUCUUUUGGCUUCAAGCAUUGUGUGUCUCAUUCGGAGUUGAAGACCGACGAAAUAGAGGAGCAUACACAACGAACGUACCUAGGAGCUAUCCUUCAGCUUCUUAAGCUAAUCCACGGCAUGUUUUUUGAUGCCGGAGUUGCUGCGGGGGCGAAUGUAGUUGAGAGAGAUGUGAGGCCAGUGUUAGAAAGAAUAAGGAGUCGAGUUCUGAAGGGGUGUAAAAUUGCCUUCGGCUGUGCUUUGGCAUCAGACGCCCAAGCUGAUAUGUGGAACAUGGCAGAGAAGUUGGGAGCGGUUUGUUCGAAGGAGGUAAUGGAUGCGUCUGUGACACAUGUGAUUGAAACAGACGCGGAAACACAGAAUUCAAAAUGGGCAGUGAAAGAGGGAAAGUUUCUUGUCCAUCCACAGUGGAUUCAGGCUGCAAGUUUCUUGUGGCAAAAGCAACUGGAAGACAGGUUCUCUAUAUCAUUGAAAUUGGUUAACUCAAAGAUGAGUUCGGUGACUCUCUAUCAUCCAAUGCAUGACAAUUCUGGUCAUGAAUUUAUCAUCAGUGAGGUUGCUGCUACAAGUAGUGAUUAUGAGAGGACAACAAAAAGGUGCAAGACUUCUUUGUCUGAUCACUGGGAUAACUCUGCUAUGAGCGUUGGUUUCAUUCAUACCCAAGGGGGUCUUCACCUGCUGGCUCUCACAAAACUCAGUGAUCUGACCCCAGAAGAAGAAGAAUAUCUAAACAAUAAAACACAGCCUGUUAAAGAUGGUUUCAAAGUGCAAGAUUCUGAUGACGGUAUGAACCCUAUGAUUAUCAAGUUGAGGCCCUAUAUUAGAACCUUUCUCAAGAAAGUAAGUGGCAUGUUCGAAAUGUAUGUUUACGAAGAUGCUCCUCGAUCUCUUGUGUGGAAGAUGGUUGGGCUACUGGACCCUAAGAAUGAUUGUGGCCGGAAGAGGGGCAUGUCUCUAUGUGAGUUGAACAAUGAUGAAGGGGGAAAUUAUCUUGCAGAUGUUCUUCAACAUCUUAGGCGAAUACACAGCAGGUUCUUUAAUGAUCGAGUGAUGUGUGAUGAGGUUUUCAACAGAGAUGUGAGGUUGGUGUUAGAAAGUCUCAAAAAGAUUUCUGAGACCGAUAAGCUUCGGUUGAGGAAGAAGGCAGUAUCAAACUGUAUGUGGAAAGACAGUAUUAACCGGAAGAAGAUGACAAAGCAUAUGGAAGAGCAGUCACCGCCGGAAGCUUCUUGUGUUAAAAAUCUAGAUGAUCCAGAAUCACCAGUGGUGGUUGCAGUAGCUGAUCAUAUUGGACCGGCUCCUUGGGUACAUCCGAGCUGGUCUGAAAAAUCAAUCCAUUUGUGGAAAAAGAGUCACGCAGACCAGGCCAUCACCGAGCAAAGCAAAUUGAUUUGCAGCUCAAAUUGGAACACUGGAAUAGAUAAUCAGCGGGGGAAUGAGGAAGUUGACCUUAGGAGGCCUGAGGAAUAGCACUAGAAUUAUUCAGUGUUGAACUACAAAUUCUUGUUGGGACUUUUGAGAGUUCAUCAUCUGUUGCUUUGCUCCUUUCUUCUUCUUUUUCAUAUAGUAGAAGUUCAGCAGAUCUCUCAAGAUAGUUAACCCCCAAA